CAACAUUUGGGAGAAGGUUUGGUGAAGUCUGAGAGGAGAUCUCGGCUGAAUCCUCACGGAAGCGUCCACAUGGCUGCGGUUCAGGGUUUGCCCAAAUGGGAGAGAAAAGCGCGCAUCUUCCUGUGCGCGUUCGGCCUGGCUCUGUCUGUGUACGCGCUUCACGUGGAGCUGUCCCGGGAGAGGGAUCCGGACUACAGGGCGAUGUGCGACCUGGGGGAGUCUGUGAGCUGCUCCAAGGUUUUCACCUCCAGAUGGGGACGCGGCUUUGGCUUGCUCCAGUUCAUCGUGGACAAAGAUAGCCCAAUGAACCAGCCCAACAGUGUGCUCGGCAUCCUGUUUUACACUCUGCAGAUGGGCCUGGGACUGUCUCUUUCCAGUAAAGCAGCACAGUUUCUGGUGUUUUCCUCCUGGGUGUCUGUAGCCGGUUCGCUCUAUCUGGCCUCUAUACUCGCCUUUGUUCUGGGGGAUUUCUGCAUGGUCUGCGUGUCAACAUACGUCGUCAACUUCGCAUUGCUUUACACCAAUUUGAGACGAAGGAGCGCAGUUGAAGGGAAGAAGGAAAAGUCUGGAUAGAAAGUGUUACUUGUGAAAUUCAACACCUUCUUUUUUUUUUUGUUUUUUUCCCUGCUGCCUUGACGCCACACUGGAUCUGGAACUCAAAUACAUUCCAACAGUAUUUUGUCCUUGUUUAGCAUUUUUUCAUUCAGUAUUUUUCACAGGACUGGAUGUUCAUCCCAGAUCUAAAUGAUGAUCGUCAAAAUAGAAUCUUGAUUAAACAAAUCAUUGU